CCGUUGUAAGGAGGAGGACGAGGACGAGGAGGACUGGAGGAGGGUGGAUGAAGGGUGGAGGUGGUGGUGGAGAAGGAGAAGAAGGAGGUGGAAGAAUCGAGGUUGGAGGAACACGAGUCAAAUUGAGGAGAGCACGAUAGGGGGAGGGAAGCGGGAUUAUAACAACGGGAUAUUGUUUUAGUCCCAUUAUUUCGUUUUAACCCGCGCACGACUCUCAUUGUGAGUGCAUCGAUUGCAGGAUAAAUAAUAAUAAACAACAAUCGGAUGCUGCAGUUGUACGCAACACACGCGCACACAACAACAACAACGUUAGAAAGGCGUCAUCGUGUUGCCGAAUGAAAUAGGGUCGCAUUCAAUCUGCCAGGCUCUGUGUUGACAGUAGCAGCAGCAGACGUCUUCGUCAACAACAACGACGACGACAACAACAACAACGACGACGUCUUCGUCGUCUUAGCAGUCGGCAUCGUGUGUCCCCAAAGGGCCGGUUCGUUCGCUUGUUUAUUGAUAAUAAAAACAAACUAGCGAGUGCGAUUUGCCUCAAGAUGGUCGUGCAAAACAAAGCCAUCGACAUGGACGACUUCGGGCGCUCCUUUAAGCACGGCCUCUCCAUGUCCAACGAUUCGGGGUUCCACUUCAGUUUCGACGUGGCGCGUGGAGCCGGGAGCCAACUCUCCGCCACGGAGCUGGAUGCCGACGACUUCUCGGACUUCUCCACGGAGAGCUGCCGGCGGCCUGAUAUCCCGUGCAGCCAGCCCAUCGACAUCAUCGACCCGACAAAACGAGGGAAGAAGAACAAGAAAAAGAGAACCCGUGCGACCGACAGCUUCUCGGGGAGAUUUGGAGACCUGUACCGGCUCACGGGGGAGCUGCUCGGGGAGGGAGCGUACGCACGCGUGCAGACUUGCUGCAGCCUCAUCAACAACAAAGAGUAUGCGGUCAAGGUCAUUGAGAAGACAGCAGGGCACAGCCGAAAUAGGGUGUUUAAGGAAGUGGAGAUUUUGUACCAGUGCCAAGGCAAUGACAACAUCCUGCAGCUGAUUGAGUUUUUCGAGGAGGACGACCGCUUCUACCUGGUGUUCGAAAAGAUGAGAGGAGGAACGGUUUUGGCCCAAAUCCAGCGCCGAGGCCACUUCAGCGAGCAGGAGGCGAGCGAGGUGGUACGCGACAUCGCCACCGCCCUCCACUUCCUGCACCAGAAGGGAAUUGCGCACCGUGACCUCAAACCGGAGAACAUUCUGUGCGAAAAUCCCCACCAGGUUUCGCCCGUCAAGAUUUGUGACUUUGACCUGGGGAGCAGCAUGAAGCUGAGCAGUGCCUGUUCGCCCGUCACAACCCCCGAGCUGCUCACCCCGUGUGGCUCUGCAGAAUUCAUGGCCCCCGAGGUGGUGGAGGCGUUCAGCGAGGAAGCCUCCAUCUACGACAAGCGCUGCGACCUGUGGAGCCUCGGGGUCAUCCUCUACAUCAUGCUCAGCGGCUCGCCGCCCUUCGUCGGGAAUUGCGGCAGCGAUUGCGGCUGGGAGCACGGCGAGGCGUGCCACGCCUGCCAGACGAUGCUGUUUGAGCGCAUCCAGGCCGGGCACUACUGCUUCCCAGAGAAGGACUGGAAGAACGUCUCGGCUGCCGCCAAGCACCUCAUCUCCCACCUGCUGCUGCCCGACGCCAAGGCCCGGCUCAGCGCCGCGCAGGUGCUGCGGCACCCGUGGGUGGCUGGGGACGCCCCUCGCCAGACGCUGUCCACCCCGCAGCUUCUACUCAGGAACGCCAGCGCCAAGGACCUCACUCGGUUCACCGCCGACGCCGUCGCCGUGACCCGGCGGCUGGACCAGCGCGGCGGCGAGGAGGAGGAGGAAGAUGAGGAGGAGGAGGACGACGGGUGGGGCGGGGUGGUGGGCGCCUGUUUCCCCGGCAGCCCCAGAUCCCGGCCCCCGUUAUCACGGCCGCCGGCCACGCGGCCGUUCUGCCCCUUCAGCCUCUCCCCCCCGUCCAAGUCGCGGCUGGCCAAGCGCCGGGCGUCCAUGCGGGGCGAGCAGCAGCAGCAGCAGCAGGAGCAGGAGCAGCAGCAACGCGGCGGCCCUCCGCUGCGGCACGAUGCGGCGCUCGGUCUGGUCGGGGUAGCCUCUUAGCACGGCGGCUUCUCCUCCCGGGUCUGGCCCGGCACGGCAUCGUGGCCGUCAAUUCCUAGCCCCCCCCCCCCCCCCCCCCCCCCAACCUUCCACUCCCGCAGUUUGCGUUUUGAAUUAAUGAAUUUAUUGUGGCACUGACACCCCCCCUGGUCUAGCACUUCUUUGGGUUUGUGCCUUUUGUUUGAUUGGGGUCUGCACAUGGAAGUUUCCACCUCCCCCGGAGUUUCGUCGUCUCGUUAUCCGGCGCUGCGCUCAGAGCUUUAAUACCACCGCCCCCCCUCCUACCCUCCCCACCAUCGUGAAGGCAGCGCUCUGGCGGAGGAGAGGGAGAUGGCUCGGGUCAGAGCCUCCCAACCCAGUGCCAGCGGUGAUUCUCGUUUAAUGCAGAGCGAGGCCACCGGACGUGGCGGCGUUAGGGAGCUUGGCUUUCAAGUUCCGGGCCUAGGGACCUCGUAAGGAAAAAAUAAAAUUGUGCCAAGAUGCCACUGGGGGCAAACUGACAGAUGGUAGGUGCGGCGAGGCGGCUCUGUGUGGAAAAUAGUCGCUCGUUAUUGUCAAGCGGAAACUUUGUCUUGAUUUGAGAAAAACAUGGCAGAGGCGUUUAGAGUUUGUACAGAUGAAAGAGAGGUUGCGUGCUAAUUAUAUAAAAUUAUAUUUGGGGUAAGCUAACGAUGACGGAGCCGGCCGAGGUUUUGAGCUGCUCACCGUUUGUGUUUUUCCCCCUGGGGCCUCGGAGGCCUGGCUCCAGUGCCGCGCUGUGGUCAACAGCGUAGAGGUGCUCGCUCCGCCGUUAAUACAAAGCCAGCUGUUGACCAUUUGUGGUGGUGUUUUCUUGGCCGCGGUGUGAUCGCCCUCGCCCCCGUGGCCCCUUGUGAGUCCUCCUCCCCCCCAGUACCACGACGCUGGGUUCGUUUUUGUUGUCAAAACCAUUAUUAUUAUUUUCAUAAUUUGUGUUUUUUUUUACAUAUAUAUCAGUCCAAACAAAGUAUGGCUAUAAAUUUAAGUGUUAUAAUUUUCGAUAUUUUAUUUUACGAGCUCUCUCCGGAUGUUCUAAAGUUAGAUUUUUGCUCGCGCGCAGAGACGCGCAACGUAAACCGUGAGCACCGAGAGCAGAGGAGAGUGGUGGCAUUAUUAUUGUCGUCGUCGUCGUUAUCGCGCUUCGCUGGCGGCGCGUGGGCUGGGCCGGAGGACGCUCGCUCAUCCCCGUUGUUCUGGCUCGCGCUCCGGGCGGUGACAUUCCUAUGCAAUGGCGCGUGCGGGACGCGCGGUGCCCUCGCCGCGAGCAGAGAGGGGGGGGGGCACCGGGCGCGGUGGUGCCCCCCCCCCCCUCGGCUCGCGGCGAUGGCGCCGAGGGCCGAUUGGCGCCGUCGCGGGCUCUCCCGAGAGCAAGCCGCGUCUCGGUCGCGGCCGCCACGGAGAUUGUCGCGUGCGGCGACUACGCCGGCCCCACCGGGCUUCCGAGGUGGCCAAAAAAAAAAAUUGACGGCGGUUCAGCAAACCCGCUUGCUGUGCCGCCGCCGCCUUCGCAGCAAUUGGCCGUUCGGUCUGCGGACGUUUUUUUGCACGCUGUCCUGCAGGUGUGCAAGUUGGGUUACCUGCGGUUUAAAUCCCACGUGCGCGCAACGCUCGUUUGAAAAGUAAUCGGCCGCGCGUCGCGAGGCAAGGCCCUCCGGAAAGCGAGUUCGGUGGCGAGGCUUUCCCAGACAAAAGGGGUCUCUACGAAAUGACGCGGACAAUUUGUAUCGCUUCCUGCCAACACGUAAAGCUGUGCUGCCAUUGACGUGGCUGGUGUGACUUGGCUGGACGAUUGCUUUGCCGGCGAGCUUGGUGAUUUGUGUUGCCGCGGGCCUCGGGCUGGUUCUGUGGCUGUCUCGGCAGCGGGUGGCCUCGUGAUGUCGAGACACUGAGACUUGGCGGGGAUGAUGAUUCUGGUGAGCCAGUCUCUACCCGGCUCGCCCGUGUGUUUGUGAAUGUGUGUGUGUGUGUUUGUGAAUGUGUGUGUGUGUGUUUGUGAAUGUGUGUGGGCAGUGAUGAGGCAACGCUGCUCACGCUGAGCUAUGGCGCGGUAAACCUGGGUUCGAUUCCUGGCCACGCACAUCGGCAGUGAAACCAGUGCGUACCCUGCCCUAGUUCAGCGCAGCCUUAAGUAUGUGUUGUGGUGUGUGAACAUUAGCACUGGGAAUACAAAGGUGGCCAGAAGUGGUUCUGGCCACCCCUGUCAAGUGACGUUGCCGGCCUUAGUAGGUACUCGCUAACAUCACUUGCCCCAAGAGUCGAUAAGACUAAAUAGACUACAGCGUGCGCGUGUGUACGUGACGAUAGUUCAGAACUGUUUGGAAUGCUGCUGUGGUCGGUUCCACGGUAACAGAGUCUCAUCGCUGCACAGAACCCGGACCCACACUCGGGCGUGGACAUGCGGCCAGGUGGAAGCUCGGGCGGCAGAGCGAGCGGCGCGCUCUCGAGGAAGCUCGCUGCGAGUUCACAUCCUGCCUGGGGAGAUUGACUCGGCCCAACGCCAUUGUGUGGGGAAGAUCACUGGUGGGUGCCCUUGCCAUAGGAACGUGGAAUUUCCACUCCUGGCUCAGAGCUGUGACGAGAGAAGCACCCGGCCUUCAAUGCUCAAGUUGAGCAGGGAGAUCACUUUGGCUUUUGACAAACAUCGGGAGCCAUCGAUGCGUGCGCGCACGCGCAUUUUAAGAAGCGCUAUGCGCAUCCUCCCAAGCCGCUUUCAGCGCUUAAGCCUGCGUGGUGCUUGCAAGCUCCGCUACCCUGGUGAAUCGGCACGCGUUCAACCUCGCGUGGCUACCACCACCGCUGCUGCGAUUUAAACUGGGUUCUCAAGCGUGUAGAGUUUGAAAGCGUCUGCCUGAUGACGAAUGAUUUGAGCAGAAUUCCCAUUGCUUAAUUUGCGUUGCCAAUUUUUAAUCCUCGCGAAGAUUGCAGCGCUUGAGGAGUAACCGUUGAUUUGGCAUGCGACAGACACUCCCGUGUGCGAGAGGCAAUUUAAGCGACUUCGAAACUAGCUCUUUGACAUCAACUUCUGUGGAGCCGUUGUGAUGCAGGGCGAGGGUUCCUCUGCUGCCUUGGAGACUCCCCCCCGACCCCCCCCGAAAUGGGAGUGGAGAGGGGGGGCGGGUGUCUUGCGCGAUGAUGCCGGCAGUGGUGCCAACCUAAAGAAGCUAAAGUGGUGGGGGUGCCGACUUGUACAACACAGCGUGGAUUUUUUUGCAUGGCGUCUACAUGCAAGUCGCCCCCCCCCCCCAUCUUGUCAAGACGCCGUACAGAAACCAGUGUCGAGCGAGGUGCAAGAGAAGUCGAACUGAUAGCUGGGUGGGGGGGCGUGGGGGGGUAGCAAAGCCCCAACUACUUCCCAAGUUGUUUGAGGGAGAGAAGGGGGAGGGUGGCGUCCGAGGCCUCUGCCCGAGUGCGGCCCUCGCACGCGCUUUCCGUGCCCCGCGCGGCCAGGCCAGGGCCAGGCCAGGCGCGGGGUGUGAAACUAAUGCAAGCCGAAGUCGUCGUCGUCGUCACGGGCUCUUCGUGGUGCCGUACGAUGGCUGUGACGUUUUUGCCCGGCGGGUUUUGAAUGAACUUUUUUUUGGUUUUCUUACAAAUGAUAAAAAAAAUUUUGCCCCCCUCUCCUCACCCCCAACAAAAAAAAGUGAGGGAGGUAAAAAAAAACGCAUUUGAGCAUCCGAGAGUGAAACGCAGAGAGAACGUGGGAAAUUGGGACGGGCGGGGGUGGAGUCCGGUUGGGGUGAGCUAGAGGUCUGUGGGUAGGGCUUGUGGGUCGGGGUUCUGGUUGACUAGCGGUGUGGUUCAGGGGUAGGGUUGGGGUCCUUUCGGCUCAUGGCUCGUAGUUUUAGGCUCCGAUUAGUUGGCUCGUGUGGUUGGUAUUAGGGGUAGGGCUAUCGGGGUCUGGGUUGGCUAGUUUUGUUUAAGAGUAGAGUAUAGGGUUGUAGUUUCAGUGGCUAGCAUAGUUAGUGUAAGGGGUAGCGAGUGGCAAUGGUAGUUAAUUUGGUUAGAGUCUGGGGGGGGGGGGUAGAUGUAGGGUCUGGUUAGCCAGUGUGGCUAGGGUUAGUGCUCCCCCCCCCCCCCCCCCUCAUUGACCCAGGGUGUUCCACCCCGAACAACCGGGCCCCUUCACCGUUCCCAAGUUUGGUCUCUCUCGUGAUGUUGUUGGUGAGCGUCGUGCGGGGCCUGCAUCCGUCGCCUCGACCCUCCCUGCUUUGUUUUUUGGAGGGGAGAGUUUAUUUGGGUGCCGGACCCCCCCCCCCCCCGCUCGGCUUUCUCGGGAAAUAAAAAAAAAUUUGGUCAAAUUCACGUUUAAUUAUCCCCCCCCUCCCUCCCCCGUCUUCGCUCCAACGACACAGUUCGAAGGACGUGGGGCGAGAGAGAGCGAGCGAGCGCGAUGUGGGUGGAGUAUGAAGCACGAUAAGCGAGGCAGAGCAUUCAACACGCAGACGCGUCGCGGGGUGGUGUUUACAGAGGUUGUUGUGGUGGUGGCGGCGGCGGCUCUGCGGGGCUCCGCUUCGCCGUGACUGACAGCCGCGCCAAUCCGCCGUUUGUGUUGUUUACGAGCACUUUACUGACUUUUAUACAAUAAACAUUUUAUACAAAAGCCA